GUGUGGGAGUGUGUGUUUGUUUGUGAGAGACAAGAGGGGGAGAGACCCACAGAGUUGAAAAGCCAACAGGGUAGUCUCUUGUUUGAGGAGUGGAAAAGUGUGAAGAGGAGGUGUGAGUUUUUGGAAGAAAAGAAAAUAGGAGCUUCUUUUAUCUUCUGAAGGAUAAAGAGCCAGAAAAGCAAACAUUAAUGACCUGACAAAAGACCACACUUCUUUCCCGGUUUGAUCAGACAGGCAUAACGUGGAGCCACACUUGGGUACCUUUACACUUGCGCUCUCUCCUUUUUCUUACCUCUACUCACUGAUGAGCAUCACCCCAGCUGCAGGCAGACUCCGAGGGCCUUGCUGACACAGCCAGAAGUCUGGAGGACCGAAGUGGACUUUUGCCCUUUAGUGGCACUCCAUCAAACUAAGUCUUCCCUGGAUAUUUCUGUUCUUUUAACUCGAAGGCUGAGUCUUGGUUUUUUUGCUGACCCCUCAAAGCAAAGAUGAGCUGCAGGAAACGGUGCAAGCGUGAGAUCUUCAAGUUCGCACAGUACCUGUUCAGACUUAUCACAGGCACGCUCAACACUGACAGCGUAGAAGAUGAGCUGGAGCUCUCUGCAGUCCGUCAUCGCCCUGAGGGCCUGGAGCAGCUCGAGGCACAGACACGGUUCUCUAGGAAGGAGCUACAAAUCCUCUACCGUGGCUUCAAGAACGAAUGUCCAAGUGGAGUCGUCAAUGAAGAUACCUUUAAAGACAUCUACGCACAGUUUUUUCCACAAGGAGAUGCUUCGACGUACGCACAUUUCCUGUUCAACGCGUUUGACACGGAUCAUAACGGCUCUGUGAGCUUCGAGGAUUUUGUUAUGGGCCUUUCAAUCCUGCUGCGAGGCACAGUCCAGGAAAAGCUCAUUUGGGCUUUCAACCUUUAUGACAUCAAUAAAGAUGGAUACAUCACUAAAGAGGAAAUGCUGGACAUCAUGAAGGCCAUCUAUGACAUGAUGGGUAAAUGUACUUACCCCGUCCUUAAAGAAGAGACGCCUCGUCAGCACGUAGAAGUAUUCUUUCAAAAGAUGGAUAAAAAUAAAGAUGGUGUGGUAACCAUAGACGAGUUCAUUGACUGUUGCCAAAAUGAUGAAAACAUCAUGCGAUCGAUGCAUCUCUUUGAAAAUGUUCUCUAACUUUUGGCUGCUUAGCCAACCAUUGGAGAGAAGCUUCAUCUUUAGCAUGGCCCAGUUACUGAUUUGGACUCAUACUGUCUACAGUGUGCUAUGCAGACUUUUGACCAUAGAUAGAUUGUUCAUUAUCACUCUUGGGCCACAAUUAGAAAUAGCAGCAUGUUGGGAACGCUCUGGAAGUUAUUUUCUUUUAUUACUAUAUUAAAAUAGGAUUAAUUAAAAUGAAUGAUUGGAUAGGAGGUUAAUUCAAAUAAAACACAAAAUCAGCCUAUUAAGCCUUGUUUUAUUUACUGCCAAAUGACGUCACUGUGACUCACAGCUUUAGAAAAAUUGAACAAUUUGAAGUUCCAGAGUGUUCUUACCAGACUUAGAAAAGUGUGGUGUGUGAUUUUACUCUUUAUUUAGAGAGAAAAGACACAUAUGUUGUACUAUUUUGAAUUGUACAUACUAAAGAUUGAACAAUGAGAAAUUAGUUUUCGAUUUUGCUCAUGUUUACCUGCCAACUACACAAAACAAGGAUUGUAUUGAUGUCAGAAUUGGACCAUAUCUUAAGCACAUGAGUACAGAUGAGGACAAAUUUGUUGGCACCUCUGGUAAAGAUCUGUCCUAAGCCUUGAAAUUGUUUAUUUCUUUAGCAUAAUUUCACAUUAAAAUAUGUGAAAUGUAAUCAUGUCUAUUCCAAGCAUGCUCACACUCUUUAUAUCCUGUUUUUAUGCAGGUUCUACCAUUUCAUUAUCAAAAUGCCUGGUUCGUUGGUUUAGAACAUAACAGCCAUAAAAAUGAUGCUGUUUAAUGCUUUAUACUUUUAAAACUAUUAACAUUUUUUAAAAGAAUUUAAAUAAAUGUUGAUAAAUGAGUUUUUAAUUUAUUCUUACAUUAGGCUAUUUCAAUAUUACAUUUUAUAUCAGUGAGUAGCUUACUGCUGCACCUGAAUCUGUAGUAAACAUGAAUUUUUGUCUCAGUUUGUAAAAACAUUCCUUUAUAUUUCCUGGUUGAGCAGCUACAACCAUAACGGAACAGUAUGUUUGACAGAAAACAACAAACCUUACGUCUUUUUCCCUCCGUAACAAGCAGUGGUUUCCUACUGAGCACACAUGGCCACCAACUCCCAAUUGGCUGUACCUUCAGAAAUUGUUAGAAAACUUGUUCAGUGCACAACAGACAAAUACAUCAGCGAUAUUUUAAAGUGAUACUUUUGUCCUCUCUUUCUAAUGCUUUUCGGGGAAAAGCCUAUUUAGGCCAUAACAAAAAAUACCAACGUUUCCUUCUGCUACAGCUUCUAACAACACAUCAUAAAUCUUAAACCUCACAUCCUUUUAUUUUAAAUUAUGCAGUGGACUCCAACAUGGUUCAGAGAGACUGCAGAGGAGACUUAUGCUACGUUCACACUGGACGCGCUUUGGUUGGCACCUCCUGCUUCAUUUUUGAUGCUUGUACACAUGAAGGUCAGACCCACGUCUAGAGCAUUUGUGAUGCACCUGAAGUGUGUCCAGGAAAUUGUGCACAGAUGUAUCUGAUGCUUCUGCUGCUCCUGUGUUCAGUGGCAGAGGGCGGCUAUGCUAUAUUUGCUGUGAUAAGCUGGUAAAAAGUGGUUUUAAUAUAUUCUUAUGCAAGAAAGUCCACCUGAAAACAUUGUUUGUGCAGUCGGUUUAUCAAGCUUAAGAUCCUGCCUCAAAUAUUAUUUUUGCUCAGAUCCCCACAUACUGGCGUUGUGCUGUCACUAGGAUUCCCCAGCAGUAGUUCGAAGUGACUGGAAGUAGAUGUUAGUGUUUUUAAGGUAUGUGGCACAAACUGCAAGUACCAGAAUAAUAAAAGCAGAUAUAUUUUGUCAGCAGAUUUCAACAUUUUAAAUUAAUUUAAGCAUUAAUAAACAGUUUCAGGGGAGCGAUCAUAGCGAUCUGCUUCAGCAGUGCUGUGUCCGUCUUCCUGACAGCUCCCUGAAGCGCUGCUUUACAUGCGAUCCUCCUGCUGCUCAAAAGGCGCUGCAGGACCCUUUAAAGCGCCUUGAUGUGCAUCAACCAUACCAGCUACUUCUGCUGCUUCAAUUGUGUUAGGUGUGAACUUAGCAUAAGGCCCACAGCAUCACCGAUUUACAGUACCU